CAUCAAAACCAAAAACCAAAAUCAAAAUCUAGAAACCAAAAACCAAAAUCUAAAAACCAAAAACUAAAAUCUAAAAACCAAAAACUAAAACUAGAAACUAUUGAAACAAUCAUCAGCUAAGCCGCUUUCCACCAGAAAAAAAAACGGUAACAUAGAUCAGCAUCAAUAUAGUGUUUAUCAGAAUUGAAUUAGACACUCUCCCAUUUUGUUAAUAUUGGUUAUAAUAAAGUUUUGAAAUUUGAUUUUGAUAGAAGGUAUAUUGACAAACAAAGCUUUGGGCUUAAGUUAACAUCGCUUAGACAACCACAAAAUCGUGGUCAAGUGGUACGACAUAUUUGGAAAGCUGAUAAGCAUUCUGGGUUCGAAACCUACCAUUUUAAAUAUAUCUGUUAUCGUGGUUAUGAAAUAUAAAUAUAUAAAAUUCUUAUUGCGGACAAUUGAAUUUACCUAUAUCACCAAAGAAUUAUUCGGUUGGGCUUCAGCCCACCAAUUUGGUGGCACCAAAUAUGAUAUCCAAAAGAAAACAAAACUUUCGUUUAGGCAUAACAUACAAUUGUAAGUUUGUUUGCCAUCUAAACAUUUUAGUUAUUAUUUUCACAUCUUUAAUUAGUCUGUUAUUGUGGUUAUGAAAUAUAAAUAUAUAAAAUUCUUAUUGCGGACAAUUGAAUUUACCUAUAUCACCAAAGAAUUAUUCGGUUGGGCUUCAGCCCACCAAUUUGGUGGCACCAAAUAUGAUAUCCAAAAGAAAACAAAACUUUCGUUUAGGCAUAACAUACAAUUGUAAGUUUGUUUGCCAUCUAAACAUUUUAGUUAUUAUUUUCACAUCUUUAAUUAGUCUAGUUUUGCAAAAAAAGAAUAUACAUAACUAAAAGUUCUGAAAUUUUAUUUUCAUAUUAUUUGGUGUAUAUAAAAUAUGUUCUAUAAAAUUUAAAUGUGGUUUAGAUAUAAUUUUAUUAAAUUUUAGCAAAAUACAGUAUAUAUAAGUAUUAGAAAAUGUAGAGAUAAUUCUAUUGUGAAUAUAAAGAAAACAAUACAAUUGUUUGUUUGUAAUUAUAUAUAAUUAUUAAUUUAUAAUUUCAGCGGGACAAUAUAUUACAUAGGAUUUCUUAACAAAAUAAUUAUCUUAUCGAUUUUUGACAUAUUAUGAUAAUAAGAUAAUCUGGGAACAAAUAUUAACAAAAGAGAAAGUCAAAUUUCCUUGUUGAUAAUAAGAUAAUUUGGGAACAAAUAUUAACAAAAAAAGAAAGUCAAAGUUCCUUUUUGAUAUUAGAUUCCUUUAUAUAUUAAAAAUGAUAUGUUUUUCUUAAAUAAUAUGUUUUAAAUAUAAAAACAAAUACUGACAAAAAGAAAGUCAAAUAAAAUAAGAUGAUAAUAAGAUAAUUUGGAGACAAAUAUUAACAAAAAAGGAAGUUAAAUAAAAUAUAUUAAUAAUGAUAUUUUAAUAAUUAAAUUAAUAUUAUCAUUGUAAUUAUGAAAGAUAUUGCCUUUUGAUAAUAAGGUGAUUUGGAAACAAAUACUAACAAAAAGAAAGUUGAAUAAUACAUUGAUAAUGAUAUUUAAAUAAUUAAUUAGUUGUUAUCAUUGUAGUUAAUCAUUUUAAUAAUUAACUUAAUAGCGACACAUAUGAAAUUGAUUUUUCAAAUAAUAUUAUAGAUAUGUUUAAAUGUAACUAGUUUUUCUAAGAACUCUAAAAUAAUUUUAUUAAUGAUAUAUAACAUAAUUCACAUGUUAUAAUGGUUUUCAAUUAAUAUUAAACGAAACACUUUUUGAAGUUUCAUAGAGGCAUAAGUUUUCAGCAAAAGAUCCAGUAUGUAACAUAUAAAUUUUUUUUUUUUUCAUUUUGACUAAUAGAGAUAGAUACCCUAAACGUUAGAUGUUUUUCAUUUUCAUUAUAUAACUGUAUAAUACUUCAUUCUUGACGGGCUAACUCAAAAAACACAAGUCUCUGUCAUCUGUCUUUCUUCUCUCUUUCAUCGUUUUGUACCUUUCUCCAGCUAACCUUAGGCUUUUGGGGCACUAUCUUCUCGUCCAGAACAUGGCUUACCCGAACGAGAGCGACGAGUUUCCCAUGCUUCGUCAAGUUCCAGAAGCAAGAUCUCGUGCUCAAACUAGGGCUUUACACUCGAGGAAUCGUAGCGUUUCCUUCUCUGAUUCAACUUACUCCACUAACAGAGUUGAAAACUCAAGUGGCCCUCGUCGAACACAGAGUAGACCAUCUCCUUUAGUGCAAAUGAGUGGUCCUCUUUACGAUACUCGUAGACCUGAUCAGUCUUUCUUCCCUCCCUCUCCUGUUCAACCACCUGAAUCCUCCAUCUCCUCCUCUACCGUUGAUAUUCCUUCCGAAGAAGUUGUUGAAGCCCUCUUGAAAAACGCAAAUCUAUUGAAAUCUGGACAGCUAGGGAUGUGUAACGAUCCUUACUGUACUACUUGUCCUUCUUACUACAACCUCCAAGCUGCUCAGUUUCACACUUACGGAGUAGUUUCUGACUCAAGGGUAUUAAAUGCUACACACAACCGCCAAGCUCUGCAUGAUUAUGAUAGAGGCUGGGAUAAGCUGUUUGCUUCCUAUGUUCGUAGAUGCGUACCUGGAAUCAUAAAUCCUCAUUCCAAAUUCGUUCAAAUGUGGACUCGUUUCUUAGCCUUUUCAUGCUUGCUGUCUAUCUUUAUAGAUCCUGCCUUCGUAUACCUCUUAUUAAUCAGAGAUGACAACAAAUGCACAGAUAUUGAUUGGCCUAAGGCGACAAUAUUUGUGUUUCUGAGAAGUAUGUCGGAUUUUAUAUUCUUCAUUAACAUUCUGCUUCAGUUUCGGUUGGCUUAUGUAGCUCCUGAGUCUAGAAUAGUUGGUGCUGGCCAGUUAGUUGAUCAUCCAAGAAAAAUUGCUUGUAAUUACUUGCGUGGAAAGUUUUUUCUUGACCUGUUGAUAGUCUAUCCUGUGCCACAGAUAAUGAUAUUAUCGAUACUACCCAAGUCAGAAUUUGAGGAGAACACUAUAAUUGCCUUAUUUCUAUUCCAGUACAUUCCAAAGCUAUACAGGCUUCUUCCCCUUAUUGCUGGACAAUCACCAACCGGGUUCAUAUUUGAGUCAGCUUGGUCUAAUUUUAUAAUUAAUCUUCUCACCUUCAUUUUUGCUGGUCAUGCUGUUGGUUCUUUCUGGUAUCUUGCAGGGCUCCAGAGAGUUAAGAAAUGCUUGUUACAAGCUGGGAAUUUUACGAUGGAUGAACGUAGAUAUAUUAUAGACUGUACUUCUGGGGAUACCAAUCUACGAGCUCUCUGGAGAGAUAGUGAGAGUGUUAAUGCUUGUUUUCAAGAGGAUGGCUUUUCACUUGGGAUCUAUUUGAAGGCAGCCAAUCUUACCACUGAACCUAAUAUCUUCACAAGAUUCAGUUUCUCUCUGUUUUGGGGCUUCCAGCAAAUAAGCACACUUGCUGGAAACCAAACCCCAAGUUACUCACUGGGGGAGGUUUACUUUACGAUGGGCAUCAUUGGACUAGGGCUUUUGCUUUUUGCGCGGCUUAUCGGUAACAUGCAUAACUUCCUUCAAGCUCUUGAUAGAAGGAGGACGGAAAUGAUGCUGAGACAGCGUGAUGUGGAGCAGUGGAUGAGCCAUAGACUGUUGCCAGACGAUAUAAGGAAGAGGGUGCGAGAGGCUGAGCGGUUCAAUUGGGCUGCUACUAGAGGAGUUAAAGAGGAGCUGAUUUUUGAGAAUAUGCCUGAUGAUAUUCAGAGAGAUAUAAAACGCCAUCUCUUCAAGUUUCUCAAGAAGGUGUGGAUAUUUUCUUUGAUGGAUGAAUUGAUCUUAGAUGCCAUCCGUGAGAGGCUGAAACAAAGGAGGUACAUAAGGAGUAGCACGGUGUUGCGCCGUAAAGGUCUAGUUGAGAAAAUGGUAUUCAUAGUGAGAGGUGAGAUGGAGAGCAUUGGAGAAGACGGUUCUGUUCUGCCAUUGUCAGAAGGAGACGUUUGUGGUGAAGAACUCCUCACUUGGUGCCUCGAACGCUCUUCGGUAGACCCUGGUACGCCUCCUUUUGCUAAUAGCUUUGUGGUCUAUGUGUUUGUAACUCCCUAAGAUUGGAACUGAAUAUGUUAAUGAAACUUGCAGAUGGGACUAGGAUAAAGAUGCCGACAAAGGGUUUGGUUAGCAACAGAAGUGUUAGGUGUGUGACAAACGUGGAGGCGUUUUCGCUGAGUGUAGCAGAUCUUGAAGAUGUAACGAGCGUGUUCUCUAGAUUCCUAAGAAGCAAUCGAGUGCAAGGAGCCAUAAGGUAUGAGUCUCCUUAUUGGAGGCUACGAGCAGCUAUGCAGAUUCAAGUGGCUUGGAGAUACCGAAGGAGACGGCUUCAGAGAAAAAAACAGAAUGGUGACAUAGAUGAGUGAUGUGCCUGAAGGGUGUCGGUUAAGUUGGUCAUUUCUUCCAGUGAGGAAACAACUUGAUACAUGUGGAAGCAGCUAGUUGGAGAAAAAUAGUUUACAUUGGAUUCAUUAGAAUAGUUGUGUAAAUUCUAAUGUGCAGUGUCUAUGGUGUUCCAAUAACAAACAUCAAUAUAGUGUUUAUCAGCACUGAAUUAUAUACUCUCCUAUUUAGUUAAUAUUGGUCAUAAGAAAUCACUAGAAAUUGAUACCCGCGCGGAUAUUGGUUCUUACAUUCUUAUAUAUUGCUAUUUGUUUUUCAUAAUUAGUGUUAUAUAUUUUAGAUGGAUAAUAAUAUAACUAAUUGUAUUCAAAUGAUUUUGACUGAAUCGGAUAACAUGGUUAUUUUUGGUACAAAUAUCCGAACCCGUUUCAGAUACAUUUGAUAUUUAGAUAUUUUUAGGUUCCUAUACAUUAGAACCGAACUCAUCCAGACCCAAAAUGAUUCAACUCAAAACCCACACAUAAAUUUAUAACAUUCAAGCGGGGCCUAAUUUAAAAAAAAAAUACCCGAAAAGAACAACCCGUACCUAUAUGGAUAGCCAAUGUUUAUGCGUAACUGAUUUUUUAAACUAAUAAAAAUGACUAUUUCUAUGUGUUUGGUUAAAUUAAGUAAAAUAGAAAGAGUUUUUUAUUUAGUAAAAUAAUUAUAUGGAGUGAAAAAUUAAGUGACAA